UUCUUUUAAACAACAGCUCGUCAGCCAUCUCGGAAACCAAAAAUUACCUGAAACAUUAAAACUCUCUUUAACGCUUUCUGGUAUAUUAGCCACGGUGUUUCGACACAUUUAUGUCAUCUAGUUAGUUAUCACAAUUAAUGUAAUAUUUACGUUGUUGUUUUUGGUCAGCUAGCUGGCUGGUUGAGUUAGCAUUAGCCUAGCUAGCUAACAUCUCCGACCAUGAGGUCACUGAGCUGCUCUCCUCUUAAAGAAGUGAAAGAGGAGGAGGAGGAGGAGGCUGUUACAGUGAAACAAGAAGAGGAAGACGUUUCAGUGAAAGAAGAGGAAGACGCGUUCAGAGUGAAAGAGGAGGAUGAGGAUGUUACAGUAAAAGAAGAGGAGGAAGAGAUGGACAUUUCAGUGAAAGAAGAGGAAGAAGCGUUCCGAGUGAAAAAGGAGGAGGAUGUUAAGGUGAAAGAGGAGGAAGAGAAAGAGGAGGAUACCGUUUUUGCAAUGAAGGAGGAAGGAGAGAUAACUGUCAUACUGGAGGAGGAAGAGGAUGAGAUUGGAGAUCUGAUUAACACCAGAGAGACACGUGACAAUCGUGGAUCCUCUGGGGAGCCUCAACGACAUCAUGACUCUGACGAGGCAGAGGAGAGUCUCUCCGCAUCAGAACACCUCAAGAAACACCAGCGGAGACCCAAAACGAAAACUCACUGCUGCUCUGAUUGUGGGAAAGGUUACAAAUAUUCAUCAGCUCUUAAAAAACACCAGAGGUUCCACACCGGAGAGAAAGUAUACCACUGCUCAGACUGUGGGAGGAGGUUUACUUCCUCAGUCGGAAUGCAAUUACAUCAGAGAACCCACACCGGAGAGAAACCGUACCACUGCUCAGAUUGCGGGAUGGGUUUUACUACCUCAUGUAGACUGAUAUCACAUCAGAGAAUCCACACUGGAGAGAAACCAUACAUAUGCUCUGACUGUGGGAUGAGUUUUACAACCUCAGGUGGAAUGAUAUCACACCAGAGAGUACACACGGAGAAGACUUUUGCUGCCCGGACAGCCCUGGCUACUCACAAACGAAUCCACACUAGGGAGAAACCGUUUCACUGCUCCGACUGUGGAAUGAGCUAUAUUACCUUCAGCGGCCUGAAAACACACCAGGCUAAACAUACCGGGGAGAAACCGUAUAGCUGUGAUGUAUGUGGGGAUAGUUUUUCUCUCUCCACAACCCUAUCUAUUCAUAAACGAAUACACACAGGUGAGAAACCUUACCACUGCCUUGACUGUGGAAUUAGCUUUUCUGCCUCAAGUGGCCUGAGAAGACACCAGAGAAAACAUACAGGAGAGAAGCCUUAUAGCUGUGAUCAGUGUGGGAAGGGUUUUCUUCGAUCAGACUCCCUGGCAAAACACAAGGCAAGAGCCACAGAGUGUGGAAUGAUCUCCAAUACUCGACCUGGGUAGUAGAACAGAGUGUGGAAUGAUCUAUUUGUGAUAACUUUUGAUGUGUGUGUGUGUGUGUGUGUGUGUGUGUGUGUGUGUGUGUGUGUGUGUGUGUGUGUGUGUGUGUGUGUGUGUGUGUGUGUGUGUGUGUGUGUGUGUGUGUGUGUGUGUUCAACUUGUAUUUAAAAAUCCUACCACUUUUGAUUGAUCUAAUGUCUAAUGAUCCCAAUUUAAAUGUUGUAAAUGGUGGAACAUUUAUAGAAAAUGUUAUAGAUGGAGCAUCAGCACAAUAAAUGUGAUGUUUUGGUGUAGUUGGAGACCCUAGAAGCUUUCACAUUCCAGAUGUUGCUGCAUACUAACAGAAAAAUGAGUUUCUAAUAUCAUGUAGCCUCCGACUCCAAGUUUCACUGGCGUUGCUCUCCAAAACCCUGAGGAAGUUAAUGUUGGAAAAGUAGGUAUGAAAGCAUCACGAUGCUGGCUGAUUGGCUGAGAGUAUACUCCAUUUUUCCAAAUCAACCAUCUUUUACACCCCCUCUUCAGAAACAGAGUAAGCUAAGAAAACUCAUUUCAGUCUUCUAGAAACCCUGGGGCCCUAAUCCCUUUCCCUGGAACACUAACCCUGGGACCCUGACCCUGGAACCCUAACCCUGGAAUCCUGACCCUGGGACCCUAACCCUGGAACACUAACCCUGGGACCCUGACCCUGGGACCCUAAUCCCUUUCCCUGGAACACUAACCCUGGGACCCUGACCCUGGGACCCUAACCCCUUUCCCUGGGUAAACUCGGAACAUUGUUAUACGUGUAAGUAAAUAAAGGAGUGGAAUAGAGACUGUUUUUAUGUCAAGAGGUUAAUGGGUCUCUAUAGAAAGACAGAUGCUAGCCUAGCUGGGUACGUUAGCUUGCUAGACUAGCUGGGUAAUGGCUGUGGAAUGUGUUGGGUGGACUGGAGGAGAUCACAGGAUUACUAUAGGGGAAGCGGAUGGACAUCUGUGGAUUAGGCGAAAGAGGGGUUGAGGUCAGGUCAGAUCCCCUGAAGGGAGUAAUUACGGUUCAUUACCCUAUUACCCUGUCAAACAAUUAGAUGUAAGGAUUGGAGAGGAGUGUCCCAAGUGGUGUGUAUAUACUGGUGAUGGUGGAAACAUGUUGUUGUCUGAAUUACAGCUGUAACGACCCUUUGGGAGAAAAUUAAACUUGCUUA